GCCCGUUGCAGAAAGCAAAAGUUGCAAUCGAACGCAACUCAGAUCAACCGCAACUUUGCGGGUGAUAUCUUACGCAACUUGCAAUCUAUCGCAAAUCUCCGUUGCAGAAAACUAGUUGCGAUUGAUUGCAACUUGCGUUUGAUUCGGGUGUGAGAAAAAAUAAAAAAUCUUCGUGAACGAGCCUGAUAUGGUCGCGCGCUGUUUCACCCGCGAAAAUUUUACAGAAAUCCACUGCCUGCACCGGAAAUUUCUGCAAAGAUGAUCAUGAGGUUCACCAAACUUCUACCCAUUGUUGCAGAUUUCACAAGUUUCAAGCCAAUAUAAAAAUGGAAGAUGAAAAGAAAAAAAGAGACGAAGAAAUUGGCAUGAUGGGGAGGUGCACUGCCUGUGCCACUAUGUUCAAAGGCACAAAUCUGUGCUUUUUGGCAAGGCUGGCCAUGCCAGCGUUCCGGUGGAGAAAAGAAAAAAAAAGGACUGGAAAAAGGCAACGGCAGUACUUAGGGCCAAUGGCUACCAGAGGGAGGAGGAGGAGGUCGUCCGGAAGUGGGCUGACCUCAAGCAAAGAGCCUUAAAAUAUAAGGCCCAGCGAAACAUGACAGGUGGGGGCAGCCUUGAAGUCCGGCCCACGUUAGAGGCUGUUCUGGAGGUUCUCGCAAGAGAAACGGUGCAGGGGGUAGUCGGGUCCUCCGACGAAGCAGGCUUUAGCUCGUCCCAAGACACAAUAGAUGGAGACAAUGAGGCUUGCCUGCUGUUCAGCAGCAUGGCUGCAGGAGCGUGUUCACGCACCCCUGAUCGUGUCAAGACAACCUCCACUGUCGUCAACACAACAACUACUGUCGUCAACACCGCCACCGCUGCUGUCAACACCUCCACUGCUGCCACAACCACUACCACAACUGCAAUACCUGCUGCAACCACCUCCGCCUCCACCACCAAGACCCCUCAAAGAAAACUUUCCUCAACUGACCAGCUUGUAGAGCUGGAGAAGGAGAGGAUUCGACUGCUUGAGAAACAAGUUUCCCUCUCUGCAGAGCGAAACUUGUUUCUCAGUAGAAUUGCAAAUGCCUUAGAGGCCAUUGAAAAAAAUGGCAUUCAGUCAUUGGGAAUGAUUGAAUUUUAAGGCAUUUGCAAUGUGUAUUUCAUGUGAUGUCCACCUUGGUAACAACAAGCUGAAACUUCAGCUUGUUGGUAUCAAGAUGGACUUUUCAUGAAUAUACUCUACAUGAAGGAAACCAUACUCUGUUGAUGAUUGUUUUUUUAAUUUGUUUAUCUCUUACAUUCUUUACCUAAUAUUUUCAAGUAACCUUUAAAAAAAAUCCUAGUUAUUCCACAGUGCACAUAUUGAGAGAAGAAAAUUUGGUACACAAAAUAUCGAUGGCCAAUGAGAGAGGCAUAUUAACCAUUGGAUAGGGCAUGAAUAUUGCAUUUUAUUGAUUUAAGCUGGGUUUAUUCCACAAAAAAUACAUAAUAUUGGAGAUACAUGUUCAUGUUUCAAAAAAAAAAUUAUUGCAAACCAACAAUUUAGAGAUAAUUAAGCUUUUGGUUCCUGAUCUGCUUCUCAUUUCACUGUGGAUGCUAUUUUUGCCCAAACUAGUUACAUUCACUCUGAAUGUAGUAACAAGGAGACAUUGUCUUCUGCGAUUCAUGUACAAGUAUGGUUUUCUUCACG